CCUGCUCCUUGGUGGUACGGUUGUGUCUGUCAACCCUGGGCUUCGAAAGUUUGUCUAGUCAAAUCAACAGGUUCCUUCCACGAAGAAAGGCAAAGAUGCAUGCAUGUGUCUUUUUGUGAAGUAUGUGUGUGUCUGAGUCAGGCAUCUGCCCACCUUGAGGGUAACCUCAGCAUUUCCUUUCAGCCCUUCCACUCAGCCGUGGCCAGCAGAACUUUGUGUGUUUUCUGGAGAAAAGCUGAGUAAAUGGUUUUGCCAUGGGCGGGACGCUGACUGCUCUUCCUCCUCACCCUGGCCCUUUAUAUAUCUCCAGGCAGCCAUGGCGAACACAUCUGGCUCCAGAAGCCCCCACCGAAGCUGGCCUUGCUCUCUCUCGCCAUGGCCUCUCACUCAGGCCCCGCGACGUCCGUGCUGUUUCUGCUCUGCUGCCUGGGAGGCUGGCUGACCUCCCACACGUUGCCCGUCCAUUUCCUACAACCAAGUGAUAUACAGAAAAUAGUCGAGGAAUUACAGUCCCUCUCGAAGAUGCUUUUGAAAGAUGUGAAGGAAGACAAGGGGGUGCUCGUGUCCCAGAAUUACACGCUGCCGUGUCUCACCCCUGACGCCCAGCCGCCAAACAUCAUCCACAGCCCAGCCAUCCGGGCAUAUCUCAAGACAAUCAGACAGUUAGACAACAGAUCUGUUAUUGAUGAGAUCAUAGAGCACCUCGACAAACUCAUAUUUCAAGAUGCACCAGAAACAAACAUUUCUGUGCCAACAGACACCCAUGAAUGUAAACGCUUCAUCCUGACUAUUUCUCAACAGUUUUCAGAGUGCAUGGACCUUGCAUUAAAAUCGUUGACUUCUGGAGCCCAGCAGGCCACCACUUAAGGCCAUCUCUUCCUUUUGGAAUGGCAGGAACUUAAGGAGCCUUAAAAAGAUGACUGACAGCUAAGUGUGGGAACUCUGCCGUGAUUCCUUAAGUACAUUUUUCCAGUGAAUAAUCUCAGUGACCCCUCAGAUGGGCUAGUCCUGGGAGGGCUGAGAUGUAAAUUUGUGAAUUACCUUGAAAAACAUUAGGUUAUAGUUAUUAGUCUUGGUAUUUAUGGAAUGUUUUUCUUCAGGAGGCUUAAAUCUUACUUAUGAUACCUUUGUGAGGGCAGGAGGUGGCAGCUAUGUUAAUUUAUUGAUAUUUAUUGUACUAAAAGUUGUUAAUGCUCCCUGCGGGAGCCCUUGGAAUCUAUUUAAUAAAUUAUAUUGAAUUUUUCUCAUA